GUGCGUCUCGUUGGAGGGGAGGGCUGGCGCUCAUGUCAAUCUGACAUAUAAGUAUAUGGAGAGAGAAACCAUUUAUGACGACGGCGGCCACUCGAACUAUUUUUCGCCGCAGCAAUUCUCGUGGCACAUGCAGUUACCUAUGUAUGUUCAGUUUAUUCGGUGCUUAUAUUUUGGUUGAAAGCUGCAGACGCUGCAAGUGCAGCUGUGCAGGCCUGCAGCAGGCAGCUAAUGCUAAGCUAGUCGUGGUUGGAACCUGGUUGGAAGGUUGGCUUGGGGCGGCCGUUGGGUGACAUGUAUGAGAGAUCGUCAGAUUUCUUAUUAGACGGAGAAAAGAAAUGAUUCCGGUUGAGCUCGUAAAGACUACUUUCCAUCCGAAAUAUCUGUCGGCGCAUAAGUGUCCAUCCGAGUUUUGCAAGGUAUAAGGUAGACUUGUGUACUUGGACCCGAUCAAUAGGCCCAAAAUCUGGAUUGACGUCACGAGAAUCUAACCGCUGCAGGAGUUCGGUUAGCCGCCAUUCCUUGAAUUCGUGGCAUCGGAGUCCGGUUAUACGGUUUUCUCUACAUCUAUCAGAGGUAAAAAAUACGCUUUUUUAUUAUUAUUUGAGACGGUAUAGUUUUGGUGCUCUUUAACUUGGGUUCUGAAUGAAAAUUGCUCUGCCAGUUUGUUAAGUAGAGAAGUGAAGUUUUCUACUUUUAAGCAAAACAAGCAAGAUGUCAGACUCUGAAGGAAGCAACUACUCCGAUAAUGAGAGUGAGCAAGGAGGAAGAAGAGAUGAAGGUAGUGAUAGUGAGAAUCACUCGGUUAGAUCUGGAAAUGCCAGUGAUGCUGGCAGUGCCGCAGGUAGUCCUGCCAGAUCUAGAUCACACAGUGUAUCUAGGAGUAGGAGUGGUUCAGUAGCCUCUAGAUCCAGAAGUCGAUCCAGAUUCAGGUCUGGUUCAAGGUCUAGAUCUGGGUCCAGAUCAAGGUCUAGAUCCAGGUCAAGAUCACGUUCAGGAUCAAGAUCUGCUAGGGAUGAUGAAGCAGAGGAAGCUAAUUCAGAUGAAGAACCCGAGCCAGAGGAGGAGCCUGAAGGAGAGGAUUUGGAUGAAUAUGAUGAAGAGGAAGACGAAGAUGAUGAUGACAGACCUAGAAAGAAAAAAAGGAGGAAAGGUCAGGUUUCUGAUUUUAUUAUUCAGGAGGCUGAGGUUGAUGAUGAGCCAGAGGAUGAUGAAGAAUGGGAAGAAGGUGCCCAGGAAAUUGGAAUUGUUGGGAAUGAAGUUGAUGAAAUCGGAUUGACUGCCCGAGAAAUUGAAGGAAGAAGAAGAGGCACCAAUCUGUGGGAUUCACAGAAAGAAGACGAGAUAGAAGAAUAUCUUAGAAAUAAAUAUGCCAACGAAUCAGCUGCAGCUCACAGAUUCGGCGAUGGAGGCGAAGAAAUGAGUGACGAGAUCACUCAGCAAACGUUGCUUCCUGGUGUCAAAGAUCCAAACUUAUGGAUGGUAAAAUGUCGCAUUGGAGAAGAGAAAGCCACGGUCCUGCUGUUGAUGAGAAAAUUCUUGACGUAUCAAUUUUCCAGCGAGCCACUGCAAAUAAAAUCGGUGGUAGCACCCGAAGGUGUGAAAGGUUACAUCUACAUUGAAGCUUACAAGCAACCGCACGUCAAGGCCGCUAUCGAAAACGUAGGAAACCUGAGGAUGGGUGUUUGGAAGCAGCAAAUGGUACCGAUCAAGGAGAUGACAGACGUGAUGCGUGUCGUCAAAGAACAAACAGGUCUCAAAGCCAAACAGUGGGUGCGUCUAAAGCGAGGUAUCUACAAGGACGAUAUCGCACAAGUAGACUACGUCGAUCUAGCACAAAACCAGGUCCAUUUAAAACUGCUUCCAAGAGUCGAUUAUACGCGACCUCGAGGAGCUCUAAGAACGGCGCAGAGCGAGUCCGAGGCAAUGAAGCGUAAAAAGAAAAGACGCCCUCCGGCGAAACCUUUUGAUCCAGAAGCUAUCCGAGCCAUCGGAGGUGAAGUUACCAGCGAUGGUGACUUCCUUAUUUUCGAGGGAAACAGGUACAGCCGUAAAGGAUUCUUGUACAAGAAUUUCACAACUAGCGCUAUUAUAGCCGAGGGUGUAAAGCCUACGCUUUCGGAACUUGAAAAGUUCGAAGAGGCACCCGAAGGAGUUGACCUAGAGUUGAGUGGUGCUCCUGUUACAGGAGUUUCCGCCGGAAAAGAGGAUGCAAUAACGCAUACCUUCAGCACGGGUGACAAUGUGGAAGUAUGUGAAGGCGAGUUGUUGAACUUGCAAGGAAAAAUUGUGUCCAUCGACGGAAAUAUGAUCAUGGUUAUGCCUAAACACGAGGAUUUGAAAGAGGCAUUAGAGUUUCAAGCUAGUGAGUUGAGAAAAUAUUUCACUAUGGGUGAUCAUGUUAAGGUGGUAGCAGGAAGAUAUGAAGGAGAUACAGGCCUUAUUGUCCGAGUAGAGCAGAAUCGCGUAGUUCUUUUUUCGGACUUAUCGAUGCAUGAGCUCGAGGUCCUUCCUCGAGAUCUACAGCUCUGCUCAGACAUGGCCACGGGUGUCGACAGCCUUGGUCAAUUUCAGUGGGGUGACCUUGUCCAACUGGACCCACAAACUGUUGGUGUGAUUGUGCGACUCGAACGCGAAAACUUCCACGUGCUAUCGAUGCACGGCAAAGUUGUGGAAGCGAGGCCUCAAGGGCUGACCAAGAGAAGGGAAAACAGAAAUACUGUUGCGUUAGAUUCACAGCAAAAUACUAUACAGAAGAAAGAUAUAGUCAAAGUCGUUGAUGGUCCUCAUUCUGGAAGAGGCGGCGAAAUUAAGCAUUUAUACAGGAGCUUUGCUUUCUUACAUUCUAGAAUGUUCAUAGAUAAUGGCGGUAUAUUUGUAUGCAAAACUAGGCAUUUACAGCUCGCUGGUGGCAACAAAGCGAAUGCAGCCUCAGCAAUGGCUCCGAUGAUCAGUGGUUUUAUGUCACCGAGAAUUGCUUCACCAAUGCAUCCUAGCGGAAGUCCAGCCGGUCGAGGUGGUGGUGGUCCAGGUGGUCCAGGUGGUGGCGGCGGCGGAGGGGGAGGUCGAGGUCGAGGCCGAGGUGGAGCGCGUCGUGAUCGUGACCUUAUAGGAACGACCAUCAAGAUCACGAGUGGCCCAUAUAAGGGCAACGUCGGAAUAGUAAAAGAUGCAACUGAGACGACAGCCCGAGUCGAGCUUCACUCUACUUGUCAAACAAUCUCUGUCGAUCGUUCACACAUUGCCAAUGUUGGUGUACCAACCAAGGAUGGAGGAUUUAGCAGUUACAGCAGAACACCUGCUUAUGGCGCUGGAAGUCAGACGCCCAUGUAUUCUGGCAGCAAGACGCCUAUGCACGGAUCGCAAACGCCUAUGUAUGAGACUGGUUCGCGAACGCCUCAUUAUGGUUCUAUGACACCAUCGCACGAUGCAGGAUCACGUACACCCGGACAAUCAGGUGCCUGGGAUCCAACGGUCACCAACACCCCAGCUAGAACAAGCGACUUUGAUGGCUACAAUAUUGAAGAAGGGGGCUCUCCAGGUUACGCUCCCGGCUACCCAUCUGGCGGUCCUUUCACACCACAGACGCCUGGUACUAUGUAUGGUUCCGAGCAAAGCUUUGGGCCUUAUCAGCCCAGUCCCAGCCCCGUUGCCAGCGCUACCGCAAGUCCUAGUCCCGCUGCUUAUGGAAGUACUCCGUCACCCGCUGGUACCGGAUACACCACUAGUCCCCACGGAGCCUUUGCUUCCCCAUCACCCAUGGGUUACAGUCCUAUGACUCCCGGUGGAGUUGGAAGUCCAUACAAUCCACAAACGCCUGGCUCUACCAUAGAUGCUGGUCAUAGUUCAGGUGUUUUUGGUCAGGAAUGGCACACAACUGAUCUUGAAGUUCGUGUCAGAGAUUCCAAUCUAGACGCAGCUGGACAACAAGGCUACAUUACAACUAUUACGGGUGGAAUGUGCACAGUGUUCCUGCCACGCGAAGAUAGAUCAGUAAAUAUUUUAUGUGAUCAAUUAGAACCCGUCGUUCCGUCACAGAACGAUAGGGUUAAAGUCAUUAUCGGCGAGGACCGAGAGUCAGUUGGUACUCUUUUAUCAAUUGAUAACCAAGAAGGAGUGUUCAAAUCAAACGCGGGAGAGGUAAAGAUGUUGCAGCUGCGAUUUUUGUGCAAAAUGAGGUCUCCGUAGAUCAUCGACGAUUGCUGAUAAAUGAUCUGUUAAAGGACUAUAUUAUUAAUUAAUGUAAAUAAGAUAAUGAUAUUGUAAAUUUUACAAGUGAUUUUUUCUGAAAAAGUGUUUUCUACACUGAUCAAAACUUUUAACUAUAAAUAUGAAUUUUAACCGAUUAAAUCAACAUGUGACGCGGUUAGAUUUUAUUCUGAACGAAAAUUCGUUUGCUGUGACGUAUAGGCAAAAAGUCUUUUUUAUCCGUGGAAGUUCUUCAGAAUUAUGUACAUACAUAGUCUGAUUUUUUUUAAAUUAAAGAACAAACCAAUUA